CUCCCCACACUCUUGGGGCUCGAUUGGUUUCCCCAUCUCGGCCUAGGGCUAACAGGAGUCCAUGCUGUCUCAACCUCUGACACUGACUCCUUAUUCGCUGAUUACUCAGAUGUAUUCAGCGAUGAGCUGGGGUGUUAUAACGGUACCCCUAUCUCAUUCUCAGUCGACCCCCAGGCAGUCCCAAUCAGGCUAAAACCGCGUAGAGUCCCAUUCGCUAUUCGGCCAAAACUAGAUGCAGAAUUGGAUAAAUUAUUAAAACAAGGGGUCAUUGAGCCAACAGAUUUCGCCAAAUGGGAGACGCCCAUUGUCACACCCCUCAAAAAAGACGGUAGCCUGAGAAUUUGCUCGGACUACAAGACCACAAUUAAUAAGUUUUUACAAGUUAGCGCUUACCCAGUGCCCGUCAUUCAGCAUUUAUUACACACUUUAGCGGAACUCCAGACCAUUGUCACUCACAGGGGUGCUUUCCGGUGCAAGCGUCUCCAAUUUGGCGUAAGUGUUGCCCCAGGCAUUUUUCAAUCCCUCAUGGAGCGGAUUUUGCAGGGCCUCCCUGGUGUAGUACCCUACUUCGACGACAUCUUAGUCUCGGCCAGGGACAGACCCCAACUCUUCCAGAGACUGGUCACGGAUCAUAAGCCUCUCCUGGGUCUACUAGCUGGGGACAAACAGACCCCUCAAGUCCUCUCUCCUAGAAUGACAAGAUGGACCCUUUUCCUAGCGGCAUACUCGUAUAGACUCAUACACCGCCCAGGUAAAACAUUGUCCCACGCAGACGCUCUCUCCAGUUUGCAGGGCUGUCUGCUGUGGGGCACUCGAGUGGUCAUCCCGACCUCACUGCGUACCCAAGUUCUGAAGGCGUUGCACGAGGGGCACCCUGGCAUCGUCAGAAUGAAGGCACUAGCACGCAGCUACGUAUGGUGGCUGGGCCUUGACGAGGACAUCAUCAGAUGGGUAAGCUCCUGCAAUCCCUGCCAGGAAUCCCGUCCAGCUCCUCCUAUUGCCACCCCUACUAAGUGGGAAAGCGCCAGCGCUCCGUGGUCCAGAAUUCACAUCGACCUAGCCGGCCCAUUGCACGGGAAAAUGUUCCUAGUGGUCGUGGACUCCUACUCUAAAUGGAUUGACGUGGCACAACUAUCCACGAACACCACGCUAGUGAUUACCAAGGUAUUAACUCGCCUGUUUGUAACACACGGGCUGCCUGACUCCAUUGUUUCCGACAAUGGCCCACAGUUCGCAUCAGCCGAGUUCAGCCAUUUCGCUGCCAACCUGGGCAUCCGCCACAUCUUCAUGGCCCCAUUUCAUCCUGCCAGUAACGGAUUGGCUGAAAGAGCCGUUAGGACCACUAAAGAAGCCCUAGCUAGACGCCUGAGGACUGUAUUGGACAGACUUCACCCACAUUACUGCCCUGACUCUCCCCUCGCUUCCACAUUGGGGGUUAGGCAUUUUAUCUUACAGGAACCCGUAUUCGCGAGGAACUUCGCUGGAGACCCUCUGUGGAUCCCGGGCGAGAUCGUGGCCAUCACCGGACCCAGGUCA